CUCACUUCCUCCUGGCCGGAAGCGCAUGCUCAGUGACCAAUCAGACGGCUGGGAUUUGAGCGCACAGUUUAUCGCGAGACCUCGGCUCUUCCUUUUCCCUUUUCGCUCUGAGUCCAAGAUGGGAGUCGACAUCAGACACAACAAGGACCGUAAGGUGCACAGGAAGGAGCCAAAGAGCCAGGAUAUCUACCUGAGGCUCCUGGUUAAGUUGUACAGGUUCCUGGCCCGUCGAUGCAACGCUCCCUUCAACAAGGUGGUCCUGAGGAGACUGUUCAUGAGCAGGACCAACAGGCCUCCCAUCUCCAUCUCCCGCCUGAUCCGUAUGAUGAAGCUUCCCGGCCGCGAGAACAGAAUCGCCGUCGUCGUGGGAACCGUCACCGAUGACGUCAGGAUUCAGGACAUCCCCAAGCUGAAGAUCUGCGCUCUGAAGGUCACUGAUGGCGCUCGCCGCCGCAUCCUGAAGGCCGGAGGUCAGGUGAUGACGUUCGACCAGCUGGCUUUGGCUUCACCUAAAGGACACGGCACAGUGCUGCUGUCAGGACCCCGUAAAGGCAGAGAGGUCUACAGGCACUUUGGACCGGCUCCUGGAACUCCUCACAGCCACACCAAGCCCUACGUCCGCUCCAAGGGCAGGAAGUUCGAGAGAGCUCGCGGCCGCAGAUCCAGCACAGGCUACAAGAACUAGACUGUUUGUGUUUCCAUACAGAAAUAAACCAUUUGGCUGUAAGA